GAUUGUGAUCUGUGGAGGGCAGUACUGCACUUUACUGAAUGUGUUUUCCCGUAGUGUGUGAACGAAGAAGAGCAUUGCGGAAGAAGCCAGCAGCAGUCACCCUUCAGAUUUAGCAAGCAUGAAAUCGCGACAUUGAACAGUGGUGGUCAAAUGCUGCAAAAAAAAACAAACCCAAAUUAUUUUGGUGUUUUUAUAUGCUCAGCGAAGCCCGAAGCUACUAAAAGGCUGUUGAAUACUCCUGUUUUUUUUUUCCUCCCUUCGAUCGCGACUCGCAGCGCUCCACUCGGGUGUCAUUAAAUGUUAUGGCUGCAGGCUGUGUGAGGCAAAUGCUUUGUCAUGGUGUCCAAAUAAUGUAUGGGCGCAGUCCUGGCUCCUUUGCGCCUGCAUUGAGGAUUCUCAUAAGUAACCAAAAGACCAGCGCCUUUACUUACCCUUGGAGAUGGUCUCCCUUCUGCACAGAGGUGGAUACCUUGAACCAGACUCCUGCAGUAAAGAAAAAGCGGGAUCCUCGGGCUCGCACCACGAUCACCAGCGUUGGCCGGAAAAUCCCAGAGCGACAGAUCCAAGUAAUCAGCGAGACUGGAGACAACCUGGGUGUCCUGCACCGCGCAGAUGCCCUCAGAAUCAUGGAUGAGAGGGGCCUCAAACUGGUGCUGCUCAGUGAACGACAGGAGCCUCCAGUCUAUCGUCUGAUGAGUGGGAAACAAAUUCAUGAAGAACAGAUGAAAAUGUCGGAGAAACAGAAAACAAAAGCAGUUCCCGUGCAGGUCAAAGAGCUUACGUUUUCAUCCGGCAUUGCUCCUCACGACCUGACCACCAAACUGAAGCAGGUGGAAAACUGGUUGGACAAGAAGCACCACGUUAGGAUUACAUUGCGCGCACCACGCAAAGAAUCUGUCAACGACCUGGAUCAAAAUCUAGAGCAGAUGGUGCAACAAAUGGAGGUGAUGGUGGGAUUUGUCUCCAAGCCCAAGGUCACACGUGAGGGGCAAGCGGCCAUGUGCGUACUUCGGCCACCUUCAGCUAAGGAACUGUCCAAAAGAGACAAAGAUCGGACUUCGUUGUCACAGACUGCCAGCUCGCAGGCUGCCCAGGAUCAAACAUUACCUUCGGACCCACAAGACUCUUCAACAGUGUUAAACGAGAAAUAAACUAUAUUUGGUCGUACAAUCUGAUAUGCGGUAAUAUCUCAAGUCUUCACUUAACUGGCAGAAAAAAGAUAAUAUUCAUGUCACAAAAAAACGAGACGCUGUCACUUCAAGCAAUAAUAAACUUCAAGUGGAAGUGACCGUGGCGAAUGACAUUGUUUUGAGUGAACUCAUCUCAGCACACGAUGAGAAGAUAACAUCCACACCGCUAUGUAUCUUAACUUUAUUCAAGAAUUAUAUCGUUUUAUGACAAAAAUAAACAUCUAAUUUGGCUUACAGAUACAUUCACUUGUCACAAAUUAGUUGCGUUUCACACUUAAUCUGACACCUUUCUUGCACGUUCAGCAUGAGACCCCUUCUUUGGGACAUUCUCAAGAGUGGUGCUCUGCGCGUACUUUUUAACAGGUUGAAAACGGUACAAGUGGAAACCUAAGACGUCCAACUAAUCUUGAGCUCUUCCUCACACUUGAAAAUAUAAACCUGACUAAACUGUAAAAA